GAAAAGGCAACCACUUUGACACAUUAAACGCAGUUGGGUUCAUUGAUUGGGUUGGAAUUCAGCCGUAAAAUGGCAGCCCGACCAAAGAACGGACACCAAUACCUCUCUGUCAAAGAUCUGGAAGAUGUUUUGGACACCUGCAAACUAGAGCUGACCCAAAUAGAUGAGGUUUGGCCAAACCUAUACAUUGGCAAUGUGACAAUAGCCCAGAACAGGACUGCCUUGCAGAAACUAGGUAUCACUCACAUACUAAAUGCAGCUCAUUCCAAGCAAGGCAGCAUAGGGGACCAACGGUUUUAUGGACACACGAUUGUAUAUUGUGGUAUUCCAGCAGAUGACUCCACUCACUUUGACCUAAACAUAUACUUCAGACCUGCAGCUGACUUCAUUCACAAGGCAUUGAAGCAGACAGAUGGAAAGGUGCUGGUGCACUGCAUCAUGGGAAUGAGUCGGUCUUCCACCUUGGUGCUUGCAUACCUCAUGAUGUACCAUCAGCUCCCUCUUUACAAUGCCAUUCAAAAAGUUAUUCAGAAGAGAGCCAUUUACCCUAACAGGAAUUUCCUUGCGCUGCUGUUAGAUCUAGACCUUCAGUUAAAUAGAAAACAGAGAACCUGUCUGCUGCUAUAGUUAGGAGAAUUUCCCUCACAUUCCAAUGGAGUUUCUGAGGCUGCUGAGGAAAAUGUGCACACAGACGGAUUCAUAGAUUUAACUUGGAGCACCAACCAAUAAUAUAUUAACAGAUAGUAAUUAAAACCUAUCCGUGAAACCUGAUAACAAUCCAGGCGCUUAAUAUGCCAUGUCACAACAUGGCAAAAUGUGCUAACUAAUGACAUACACGUUUUGAACUACCCACCAAAAGAAAGCUUAAAGAAGUAUCAGGUUCUUUAUUGGUUAGCUAUGUCAUUGAUUACAUGUAAACCUAUACUGCCCUCUAAUGUAUAACUUUAACAGUCAAGAAAAAUCCCAGUGCCCAAAAUGGAUAUGUUUUGUCAACGAGGGUGACAGGUCUCGGUAGUAAUUCCACUGCUGUAGAUUUUACAGAGGGGCUGAAGCUAGAUAAUGGUUGA